CCACGGAGAGGUGUCAGCUUCGCACCUCAUCAUCACCACAUCUCGCUCAUCUCUACGCCUCCUCCAACAUGGCAAAGGGAAAAGCAGGUGAUCCGCCUCGUCCAUCCGCCAUCGUCGAGGAAGGCGGUCUUCGCCAUCGCUCUCAGGCUCGAGGUCUCCUCAACACGUCGAAUCUGCCUGCUUUGCAGAAUCUCCUCAAGCGUGACCCAGACGCAUAUACCGAGGAAUUCAAGCAGCAAUGGAAUCAUUAUCAGAGCAUAAGAGCCAUCUACGCCGCCAACAUAGGAGCAGCAGAUGCAUUUGGUCCCUCUGGUAGUAGUACAGCAGCAGCUACGGGCAGUCGCCUCGCAAAGGAGCACGAGGACAGGUUCCGCGAGCUCCUCGCCUUUGUCACUCAGCUCGUCCCCUCCUACCCAACCAUCACCGCUGGCUUCUCAAAGGACCUGGCCGACCUUCUCCUCAAGCAUCAUGCCAGCCUCAGCCCCGACCUGCGCCACUCAGCCGUCCGUAGCUUGGUCCUCCUGCGCAACCGCGACGUAAUCGACAGCGAGGAGAUGUUGCGCACACUGUUCCCCCUCCUGUCAAUCUCCACCUCGUCAAGCUUGCGCUCUCUCAUCCAGUCAACUAUCCUCAGCGAUGUCAAGAGUGCCAAUCUCAAGACGAAGAACCACCGCCUCAAUCGCGUCGUCCAGGGCCUCCUCUUCGGCGUUGUCGAGCAAGGCAUGAAGGACUCGACCCUCGACUCACGAGGACGCCCCACCGCCGAACCAAAGGGCAAAUCUCAAGCCCUCUGGGCCGUCCGUCUCGCCGCAGACCUCUGGCGCAAGAAUAUCUGGAACGACGCCAAGACAGUCUCUCUCCUCGCGCUCGCUUGUUUUCACCCUCACCCGAAAGUGCAGACGUCAGCCGUUCGCUUCUUCCUCAACGACCUCCAUCACGCAGAAGACGGAGCAGAGGAGAGCGAGUCAGAUUCAGAUGAUGAGCCCGUCAUUCCAGACGUCUCCAAGCUCGUACAUCAGCGCAAGGUCAAGAAGAAGACGCGCUCCAAUGACCGUAAAGUUCGCGCAGCCGCCGCUUUGGCCAAGAAGCGAAACAAGGACAAGGCGGCCAAGGGCGAUGAGGGAGCUGCCAACUUUGCAGCGUUAUACCUGCUCAACGAUCCGCAGACGUUUGGCGAGAAGCUCUUCGAGAACCUCAGCAAGGGCGACAAGCGUCACCCCAUCGAAGUCAAGGUCCGCCUCAUGCAGCUCCUCAGCCGUGUCAUGGGUGCACACAAGCUUUGCGUCCUCUCCUUUUACAGCUUCAUCGUCAAGUACCUGGCCCCGCAUCAGCAUCACAUUACCUUGAUCCUCGUUUCGCUCGCCCAGUCGGUGCACGAGCAAACGCCACCAGACGUCCUCACCCCCGUGCUGCGGAAGAUCUCGGACUCCUUUGUCCACCCUGGCGUGGGGCCGGAGGUGGUAGCCGCAGGCAUCAACUCGGUGAGGGAGAUUGCGAAGCGACAGCCUUGGUGUAUGGAGGAGAGCCUGCUCGAGGAUCUGAUCGGAUAUCGGAAGUCGAAGGAUAAGGGAGUCGCAGCUGCUUCGCGCGGUCUGCUUCAGCUUUAUCGUGAGGUCAAUCCUGCGCUGCUGCCGCGCAAGGAGCGAGGAAAGAGCGGAAGUAUGGCAUUACAGGCCGGCGAGCACUCAGGUCCUCGUGGAUUUGGCGUUGCGCAAACUGGUACGCAGGGCAUUCAGGGACUCGACCUGCUUGAGGAGCACUACGCCAAGAGAGACGAGGAGAUGGGCAGUGAUGCGGAGGAGAUUGACGAUGAGGAGGAAGGGUGGAAAGAUUGGGAGCUGGAGAGCGACUCGGACGAUAGCGACGACAGCGAUAGUUCGGGUGGGUGGAUCAAUGUCGACUCUGAAGGCGAAGAUGACCUCGACAUCGACUACAGUGACAGCGACGAGGAAAAGGAAGAGGGCAAGGAAGAGAAGACGCCGAAGGAGAAGGCGGCUGCUCGUCGCGAAAAACGAAGGCAGCAGCGCCGCAAAGCGAGGGCACAGGCUGAGGCCAAGGCGAACGGUGUGGAGCUGGAGGAGAGCAGCAGCGAGAAUGGUGACGAUAAGGGCAGCGACUCCGAGGACGGAGAGGACGGCGAUGCCCGUUCGACGGCCACCGCCCCCUCAUCCGCAGCUGCGGCCGCUGAAGCUGCUGUAGCCAGCGAAGCGGCAAGCAUGUCCCGUCUGGCAACGACUCGCAUCCUCACACCGGCAGACUUCGCCAAGCUCAAUGAGCUCCGCCUCAAGGCAGCCGAAGCGGCUGUUGCGACUGGCGGACGCGCCGGCGCAACUGCCAAGCGUGAGCUGGCCGAGCUUCAGUCGCGAAAACGCGCCACGCAAGAUCAGGGAGCCCACGAAGACGACCUCGCCUUCAUUGACGAAUAUGCCAUCCUCGGCCCGCGAAAGAAGGCCAAAGACGAUAAGGAGGCGCGCCUCGCGAGCAUCGCAAAGGGAAGGGAGGAUCGUGAGAAGUUUGGCUCAAAGAAGGGCAAGAGAGAUCAAUCCAAGUCUAGUUCUACGAAUGAGCAAAAGGCAAAGGGCAAGAAUUUCGCGAUGGUCAAGAAGAGUUGGAAUGUUAGGAAGAAGGGGAAGGCGAGUUUGAGGGAGAAGAGCAAGAAUCUCAAGAAGCACAAAGACACGAUGGCAAAGAGGAAGGGCAAGCACUGAGACCGGUAGCCGGGGGCGAACAGGAGGCGAUGGUGCUUAAAUGCAGCUGGCUUCGAAUGCGGUUCACAGCAGUCACAACAUGGGCAGGAUUGAGUCGGGCGCAGGCUUCGGGCUGGUUGUGGUUUGCAGUUUGGCUUUUGAUAUCAUUGGGAAACGGGCAGCCGCAGCAUAUCACGUCUAGCAUCCUCCUUUACGAAUACAUGUCGAUCAUCAGCAACUCCCGCUAUGCAG